ACUCCCUCCUGUAACACACGGGCCCUCAAAAUGGAAACCGAAAGCCGUGGCCAGGACUAGCUCUGAGUGACGUUUCAAGAAAAGGGGCGUGGCCGCCGAGGGAUUUGCCGUUGUCAGACGGUUGUGUCUCCGGUGAACAGAGCUCUGCGCGUCACUUUUUGAACCUCCUCAGGUGACAUGGAGACUGUCUGUAAGACCUACAAUACAAGGCGGAAAAGAAAAUCGCUUGAACCAGACCCGAAAUCCCGAGUGGACUGGAAACGUACUAAGAAAGACAGCAUCUCCAAUAUCUUGGAUUCUAAUGAGUCCUUGACUUCAGAGGAGGAAGAACCGGAGGAAACGGGCGAGGAAAGUGACGACAGCUGCCCCACCGAUGAGUCAGAAGACCAGCCGGAUGAAGAAGACUGUGAAGAAGGCCGAAUCAGAAAACCCAGACUGAAGAGCAGAUCUGCCAUGAUAGCCAGUGAGAGCAGCUCCGACAGUGAUGGACCCGGCGAAAAAGGAAAUGUCAAACGGACCUGUGUUAUUAAUGAGGAUGACAGCGAUGAAGCUGCGGAGGCAUCAGGAGAUGAGGAGACCAAGGCUCACGUCAAGAAACAAAAGAGAUUGGAGGCACUUGAACAGCUUGCUAAGAGACGAAGGUCCCGAAACCGGACCACCAGCCGUGAGGCCCCUGAGGAAAGUCCAGAUGAUACAUACACACCCCUGACCCCAGAGACACUGGACGAGAGCGAGGACAGUGACGACAUGUCGGCCUUCAUCGUAGAGGAUGAAGGCUAUAAGGAACCAGGCUAUAAGGAACUCUUCAGGAAACAUCACCUUUCUCUGUCCACCCCCCAGGACUUGUCCUCCCAUCUUCAGAAAGUGAUUAAGGCUUUCCUCAUUAACAUCAUCGAUAAGAAGUUUCUGACAACACUAUACCAAGGUGAAAGAAAAAAGAGAUACGCUAAAGAUAUGCUGAGAUCACUGAAUUAUUUGGACGAACGUAUCGUAGUCCCACGUCUGGAGAAACUCACCACAAGCUGUCGAUGGAGUAAAAGAUACAAGGAGAGGAUAAACUGCUAUCCCAACCUUUAUGUGAAGCGCAUCCCGGCCGAGAAGAUGUCCUGCGAAGCAUGUGACUUGCGCCGUUAUUGUGGGUACAUGGUGACCUUAUCAGGACAAGAGUACAAUAACGAGACGCUAGAAAAUGAGGACUUCAUGCCGGACGAUAAGCAGAUACUAGUGAUGGGCACUACCUGCGCCGGUCGUAGUGAAGUUUAUCACCAGCUUAGACAUUACAAGUAUUGCCUGUACCAGCGCUGUAUUCCUUUUAUUGACGAGACAAAGGAAGAGUCCGCAAAUGAAAUCGUAGAGUUGGCUUUAUCGAAGAUGGAAGAGGAGGACUUUCUGAGACUGGAACUGCAGUGUCUUGAAGGUUACUUGAAUGAAGCAGAUGACUUCCAGGAAGAAGACAAGGAAUCGCUGUUAAGUUAAAUUACAAGUCUGAAAACCCUGCAAAGACGUAUCGCCUCCAGCUGUUCUGUGUAUAUAGACGAUGAAUGUAUUUUCUAUAGGCCGCCAUAUGUUUUAAUCAGUCAUUGACUUAUGCUGCUUCCUUCCUGACCAGCGCAGAUCAUCUCCAAGACAUGACACCGCUAAUGUGUUGAAAAUAUUUUACCGCUCAGAUGAAAAGUCAACUUUUUUUCCCCUUAUAAACAGCGCCACUCUAGUCCAUGGGGGUAUAGGGUAUUGCAGCUUGGUCACUAUCAAGUCAAUGUAUAAUACCAGACACAACCAAACAAUGGACAGGUUAAAAAAA